AUGUUCAAAGAAUUUGACUCAAUCACAAAUGCGCACAAGACAAUGACAAAGAUCAAAUGCAUUGGUGAUUGUUACAUGGCAGCUGGAGGAAUCUUUGAUGAAGUUAAUCAGCCAUCAAUCCAUGCAAAAGAAGUUGUUGACUUUGGAUGUCAAGUAAUUAAGAAACUCGUUGAAAUUGAUGAACGUGAGAACGAGAAACUUCGAAUCCGUGUUGGUGUCAACACAGGUGGUCCAAUUGUUGCAGGUGUAAUUGGCACUGAGAAACCAACAUUCGAAAUCCUUGGCCCAGCGAUCAACACUGCACAUGAGAUGGAACAUCAUGGUGUUCCAAUGAAAGUUCAUAUUUCAAGACCAGUUUAUGAAUUAAUCUAUGGUCAACAAUUUGACAUAAAAGAACGCGGUGAAAUUGAUGUUAAAGGCGGAAAAAUGUUCACAUAUCUUGUUGAACCAUAA